AUGGCCGACUCCAAUGGCGGUGGUCGCAGGCCGAUCUACCCUGCCGGGACGAUCGCUAAAGUGUCUAGCGACAUCCUGAACGAAACAUUCCACAACAUCAUUCACGAUCUGGUUGCUAAGGUCCAUCGCGAAGAAAAGGUGGCGCGCAUGCGGUCCGCGGUGGUUGUCGCCCGACAAAAAGCGGAGGAGGAGGCGAUCCUACCGGAAGAAACGGCGAGCAAAACAUCGGUUGAUACAAAAAGGGAAAUCAUUUUGGACCACAAAAAGCUUGCUGGUAUGCACAUGGAGACCGAUGCAGCUGUGUACGACCGCGGAAAGGUCUUCCUCAAGGGCAACCCACUACACACGGUCAAGGAAGUCAUCUGCCCAGACUGUCGCCUGCCGCGACUGCUUUACCCGACUGCUGGCGCUAGUUGCAGAGCCCCUCCCGAUGCAGAUGCCGAGUACUGCUCAAAUCGGCCUCUGAUUGCUAAAUCGGGUCAUGACGUCCACGGCAAACUGUAUGCAAUCAUGCCAAAUCCCAAGAAGAAGAAGGGCGAUCGUGACAGCACAAUCCCUGAGAUGCCCACUACCAAAUGUCCCCUUUGCCCUCGUUAUUUCCUCAUGACGCGUCUUGCACAACAUCUUGACCGUUGUAUGAACCUCUCUGGCCGUGGCGCUGGGACGCGCAACAAGACUCCCACCGACAGCGGAGCCAGCAAUGGCAACAGCCCAACCUCAUCAUCAGCGAAGCGCGCGCAUGCAGAUGCAGACGAUGAUGACGGAAGCCCCAGCCCUACCAAGAAGAAGAAGAAACUGAAUGGGCCUAAGAAGGGGUCCUCCAACAAGCCCGGGCCCAGCAAGCUCAAACAAUCCUUUACGGCUGAGGAUAAUGACGAUGAUGUCAAGAGCGAAAAUGCGGACUGA